AUGUUACAUAAACCGAUAGUAUCUGAGGAACUCCCAAGUAGAUUAUCCUCUAAAUCUAGUGUAUUUUAUAUUGAUAAUUUACAUCACUCAAAUUAUCGUCAGUUACAAUGGAAUAUACCUAUAACACAUGUUAAAAUUCAACUAGAAUUAGGCUUCCCUUCUAAAUUUGAUCAGUAUAAAAAACAUUGCACUGAAUAUUUUGAUAAACGAACAUAUCAAGUUCAGGUGGAAAAUCACUUUCGUAAUAUUAAUUCAAAACAUUUUUGUCAUGAUAAAGAAUACCUCCUUGUAUAUGAUAUCUCUGCUGCUAAAAGACGUGAUAAACGGCGUGAAAAAUUAUUUGGUCACACAUACUACUGUUUCAAUCAUCCAACGCAUUAUAAACAAGCAAAAUUAUUGUUAGCUAAAGAAACUGAAAAGUAUGCUGAUUAUUUGACUGAUAAACGAGAAUUAAAAUCGGAUAAGUAUGAUAGACGUAGUAAGAUUGGUGACGAUGGACAUUAUAAGAUGAAUCACAUUUCACAAAGAACAAGAUAUUUAACUUACAAUUCUGAUGAAUACGAUGAUUUAUUGACACACAAAGUACUUCAUAUAGAAGUACCAAAGAUUACACCACCACAGUUCCCAAUAAAAACAUUUGUAGACGCAGAAAAUAAAACGCCUAUAUCAUUAACCACUCAGUCUGUCAAGUCCUUAUACAAUCAGGCUGUCAACAUUAUGAAUAAUAUUAUUCAAACACCAGUUGAUAGAAGAGAUCAGUACUCAAGAAAACAAAUUCUACCUUAUGUGUACCCUCCAAAUAAAUUGGUGUACUUUGGUAGAAUUACUGAUCAUGAUACAGCUAAAGGAUUUAGUGUAUCUAGUGAUGAUGACACAACAUUAUCAACGAGUCUACAAUAUACUUCAUAA